GCUGCUUUCCGUCCUAGUCCGGCUUCUGGGCAGCCCAGGGCUUGCGGGCCGACCCGGCUGGCGGCUGGUGGCCGAGGGCGAGGACGGGUGCGGGAGUCACCAGUCUUGUUCGGGUCCCCGUGGUUUCAAAUCAGAGUUGUUCAAGCAGGCUCCUGGCAGUCCUGAACCACUUCUUGGUUUGCUGUUUUCCUACUGUGAUUAUAUCAUGGAAAAUCAAUUGGCUAAAUCAAUUGAAGAACGCACAUUUCAGUACCAGGAGUCUCUUCCAUCAUUGCCUGUUCCUUCACUUGAAGAAUCAUUAAAAAAAUACCUUGAAUCAGUAAAACCGUUUGCGAAUGAAGAGGAAUAUAAGAAAACUGAAGAAAUAGUUCAAAAGUUUCAAAAUGGAGUUGGUGAACAGUUGCAUAAGAAGUUACUUGAAAGAGCUAAAGGAAAAAGAAACUGGCUUGAGGAGUGGUGGCUCAAUGUUGCCUACCUGGAUGUGCGUAUACCAUCACAGCUGAAUGUGAACUUUGUGGGUCCUACCCCUCACUUUGAACAUUACUGGCCUGAAAGGGAAGGCACUCAGUUAGAAAGAGGAAGUGUAGUUCUCUGGCACAACUUGAACUUCUGGCAGCUGCUAAGAAGAGAAAAAUUACCUGUACAUAAAUCUGGAAAUACUCCAUUAGACAUGUACCAAUUCCGAAUGUUAUAUUCUACCUGCAAGAUUCCAGGAAUUACUAGAGAUUCGAUUGUGAAUUAUUUUAAGACCGAGAGUGAAGGGCAUUGUCCAACCCACAUUGCUGUGCUGUGUCGAGGCAGAGUGUUUGUGUUUGAUGUACUGCACGAAGGGUGUUUACUCACCCCGCCAGAGCUUCUCAGACAACUGACAUAUAUCCACAAGAAAUGCUGUAGUGAACCUGUUGGACCCAGUAUAGCAGCAUUAACGAGUGAGGAGCGCACUCGAUGGGCUAAGGCAAGAGAAUAUCUGAUUGGUCUUGAUCCAGAGAACUUGUCUUUAUUAGAAAAAAUUCAAACCAGUUUAUUUGUGUAUUCCCUGGAAGAAAGCAGUCCACACGUAACCCCUGAAGACUAUUCUCAGGUUUUUGAAAUGCUUCUUGGUGGAGAUCCAGCAGUACGGUGGGGUGACAAGUCCUUUAAUAUGGUUUCCUUUGCUAAUGGAAUAUUUGGCUCCUGUUGUGAUCAUGCCCCUUUUGAUGCCAUGAUUAUGGUGAACGUUGCCCAUUAUGUUGAUGAGAGAAUCUUAGAAACAGAAGGAAGAUGGAAGGGUUCAGAAAAAGUCCGGGAUAUACCACUUCCAGAGGAGCUGGUUUUCACUGUGGAUGAGAAAAUACUAAAUGACGCCUACCAAGCCAGAGCCCAGCAUCUUAAAGCAGCAUCUGAUGUACAGAUAGCAGCAUAUUCCUUCACAUCAUUUGGCAAAAAGCUCACCAAGAAGGAAGCGCUUCACCCUGAUACCUUUGUUCAGCUUGCUCUUCAGCUCGCCUAUUACAGACUUCACGGACGCCCUGGUUGCUGCUAUGAAACAGCUAUGACAAGAUACUUUUACCAUGGCCGAACAGAGACUAUGCGAUCUUGUACAAUGGAGGCGGUCAGGUGGUGUCAAGCCAUGCAAGAUCCCUCUACCAGUCUCCUCGAACGACAGCAAAAGAUGUUACAAGCUUUUGCAAAGCAUAAUAAGAUGAUGAAAGAUUGUUCAAAUGGAAAAGGAUUUGACCGUCACCUUUUAGGUCUUUUGCUCACAGCAAAAGAGGAAGGUCUCCCUGUUCCGGAACUGUUUGAGGACCCACUCUUCUCCCGAAGCGGAGGAGGCGGAAAUUUUGUUCUCUCAACAAGUCUGAUUGGUUACUUACGAGUACAGGGAGUCAUGGUUCCCAUGAUACACAAUGGGUACGGAUUUUUCUACCAUAUCAGAGACGACAGGUUUGUUGUAGCUUGUACAGCCUGGAAAUCAUGUCCGGAGACUGAUGCGGAAAAGCUAGUGCAGAUGACUUUUCAUGCUUUCCACGACAUGAUGCAGCUGAUGAACACUGCUCAUCUCUAGAGACUCAGAGAUACACACAGAUCACAGAACCUCGGUACGGAGAACAGGAUGGUGACAUGACAUGGAAGGAAUGUUAACUGAAAGGAAACUUGUUAAAUGUAGGGAUUAGUAGAUGAUCUGUAGAUUUAUUCUGCCUUAGAAGAUAGAAACAUCUUAAAGCUUCCUGUGUUGCAACAACAAUGCAAAGUCAGACAUAGUGAAUUCAGAACUAUGCAAUGUUUAAUAUAACCCUCAACAAUGCAAAUCUGUAUAUUUUAACAAUGUAAAUCUACCCUAAUGUCAAAAUAUCUUUGUUGGCACAUGUAUUGGUUGCAAGUCCUCUAUGAACAUAAUUGUAAAGUCUACUUUUUACGCACUUUAAUAUUUUCUAAUUGCCAGAGGGCACAAAGCACAUGGCUAGAUGCUAAUUUCCCUGGAAUCAGUGCCUUCCACACCCAGCACAGGAAUACAAGCCUGUUUAUUAGGUUUCCUAGGAAAACUAUUACUGUUCAAUAGUAAUCUAAAAUAGCUCCUUUAAACAGAGAAAAGAAUCAAGUUGUAUUAGAAAUGUUUACACUAACACAGAAAACAAUCUUAGCAAAACUCAUGAUAUGUUAGAAUUCAUUUUGGGAGUAUAAAAUUAAAGCACUUCCAUUUAAACUUUCAAAGGAUUAAAUUUUGAAUAUGAUUCUCAGGACUUCACAGUUGUUUCCCAUUGUUAUUCAAUUAUGUGGUUUAUAUUAUCAAAGAAUAAAACAUCCAGAAUCCUA